AAGACAUUGUAAGUAUAUGUCAAGAUAUAAUAACUAUAUCAUUUAAGGAUUGUGGUUGGGGAUUUCUUAACAAUAGUUCACUAAAGAUGACAUUGGAUACAUGCAAGAAUCUAAAGCAUAUAAUUAUUUAUGGAAAUAAUCGAAUAGCGCCAGAAACAGUCUUAAGUAUAUCAGAAAGAUGUACAAGUAUAAAAACUAUAAAAAUACAAAAUUGCGAACGAAUAUCAGAUAAAAUAAUAUAUCAAUUAGUGAGUAAAUAUCCGAAAAUUGGAAUUAAUAAAGACCAACCUAUAAUAGAUUGCUUUUCGACAAAUGAAACAGAAGAUGAUCAAACUAUAGAAGAUAUAUUUUAUGAAGUCUAG